AUGAUGCUUCUCCCAUUUCCUUUAUCUAACAAAAGAUCGAAAUCAAAUUAUAACCCUAUCGCAUUGAAUCAGCCACCAUUAUCCGGAAAUGGUUCGAAUGCUUUGAGUGGACGUCACAUUCAUCCUACACUCUCACCAGAUUCUGAUUCUGAUUCAGAUUCAGAUAUUUCAUUGGGAACUCAUUCACCAAUUCCAUCAAUGACAUCCCAACACAGUCCAAAUUCAUCGUCGGGUUUGAAUGAUCGCGAUUUGGAUCGACUUGCUGAAGAACAUCGAGAUCCACGUGGGGAAAAAGAUUAUCGAAAUUUUGCAUCGCUUCAAUCGUUUAGAUUUGGUGAACAUAUUAAUGUUGCUGGAUUUACAAAUGCUUUCAAUCGACAAUUCCUGCCGGGCUUGCCUUAUCGUUUAGGUGAUAACGCUUCUCCAACACACUCGCCACCGAUUGGCACAACCUUGUCGUCAGCACAAACAGGCACAUCUGCAACAAUGGCACAGAAUCCGCCGAAUUAUAAUUUACCUGCUGGUCUUAUUAGACCUCAACCUCAAAUGCCACAAAGUGCGGCUAUGGCCGCUAUGAUAGCUUGUGUCGCAAACGGCCAAUCAAAUGGAAGCCAACAAACUUUACUACAGCACCAUCUAAAUCAAAGUCAAUCAUCGGCUCAAGUAUCUCCAUUGCGGAUUCGUGUCAAUUCGCCUACACGCAUCAAUUCAACAUCUUCAUCACAAUCAUCGAACGAUGUCGUCAUCACAACAACAUCUGUUGGGAGUCCAACGAUUCCCGGUGCCACUCAAAUUCCACCACAAACUCAUUCAAUGAUAUUAAAUGGUGGACAUCUGGCGAGAAUGUCACACAUGAGUCAUUUGCAUCGACCUUUUGAAUCAUCGUCACCGAAACCAAAAGAAGCAUCGUGACCGACGCAAGAAGUCAAUGUCUUACGACUUGCUGAAUGUUGAAUGUAAAUAACGAGAAAGAAAUCAUUAGAAAUGUUAAAUCACUGGAAAAUUGAAGGGGAUGAUGAUCUGUUGCGUAACAUAAGAAAUUCAUUUAAAUUUCACUUCCUAAGAUAAUAAACAAUGAAAAAAUGUUAUGCAAUAUUGAAAUUAUCUCGAUUAAAAAUGCAAUUUAAACGAUGGAAAGAAAUAUUACAAAACAAACAAAAAGAAAAACAUUAUGUUAUAUUUAAUAAACAUGAAAUAAAAAUUGAAAGAAAG